AUGGAGCAACUGAACGAGCUCAAGCAAUUCAGCUCUUGUGAUGUCGCUGAUGCUUUGGUCAAUCUCGGCGUACAUUACGGAGGGUAUCUGCAUGGCUUGAGAAUGUUCUCGCCCUGCCAAGCCGUAUUUGUAUCUCAGCCUCGUGGGUAUUAUGCAGCCUGCUGGGGUGGACUGAUGAGCACACGAUCCAAGCGACUAGGAGCUCAGGGGGUGGUUAUUGAUGGCAACUUCCGUGACAUUCUGGAGCACAAGGAGCUUGAAUUCCCGUUGUUCGCCCGAGCGACCGCUGCAGGAGGCUCAGCCUCUUUCACCCGUUGUGCCGGCAUAAACGUGCCAGUCCAUUUCACUUCUGCCGAGCAGGUUCGACCUCUAAUCAUUCAUCCGGGGGAUUAUGUAUUGGCAGACGCUGAUGGGGUGGUUAUAAUCCCCCCCGCAUACGCUGCCCAAUGCCUGGAGUUGGUGAAAACGCGAUAUGAGAUCGACCAGAAAACCCUCAGUGCACUGCAAAGUGGAGAACCCAUGGGCCCAACAAUCGCACGAUUGCGGAACUAG